GAUACAUUUCUCUUACUCGGCUGCUCACUCCCUUUCAUAUAGAUUUUUGCACACAAUAAUGUAAAAGGUAACAACCGAGUUAUUUGCAAAACAUCGAAUUUUUCUCAAACCUUUCUUUAAAUAUAAAGUCGAAUGAAAGUCGUCUAGCUCAUCGCAAGUAAAAUUUAUUAAGACAAAUUGUUGUUAAGUUUCUUUACACGAGUGAAGUAGGGGCCCCAGUUUUCUGGGGAAAUAUGGGUCAAAUUAGAAAUAGGUGAGAUCGCAUAUAGGAGAAGGACGAUACGACAAUAUGUCGGACACGUCGUCAAUCGGGUCAUCUGCAUCGGAUGCUCGUCCCGUUUAUUUUCGUCCCUUUACGAGGGAGUCCCUCAAGUCCAUUACCCAACGAAUGGCAGAGGACAAAAUUAAGCAAGCGGAACUAGCGGCGAAAAAGGCAGAAAUUGAGGGAGGCGAAGAAAAGAUAAAAGUGAAGACAAAGAAAAAGGAAAAAAACUAUGACGAGGACUCGGAAGAUGAAGGACCCCAUCCAGACGCCAACUUGGAGCAGGGAAUGCCACUUCCGAUCCGAAUGGCUGCCGCAUUUGAGCAAGAAAUGGCCUAUGUCCCUCUAGAAGAAAUUGAUCCGUUCUACCAAAAUAUUCCGACUUUUGUAAUAGUCACCAAAAAGAAAGACAUUUUCCGUUUCUCUGCAACGAAGGCUGUAUGGCUGCUUGAUCCUUUCAAUCCUGUAAGACGAGUUGCCGUCGGAAUUCUAACUCACGGUUUAUUUUCUGUCGUUAUCAUCACAACCAUUCUUACCAAUUGUUACGUCAUGAUUUUGCCAGCUUCACCACUCACAGAGUCAACAGAAGUAAUUUUCACGGCCAUUUACACUUUCGAAUCAGCGGUGAAGGUCAUGGCGAGAGGGUUUAUCUUGGAAAAAUUUACUUAUUUAAGAGAUGCUUGGAAUUGGCUGGAUUUCGUGGUCAUCUCGCUUGUCUACAUAACGAUGGGUAUCAAUCUCGGAAACCUUGCUGCUUUACGAACCUUUCGUGUGUUACGAGCCCUCAAAACUGUGGCUAUUGUGCCAGGGCUAAAAACCAUCGUGGGAGCCGUAAUAGAGUCCGUGAAAAAUCUGCGCGAUGUGAUUAUCCUGACAAUGUUUGGUCUCGGAGUUUUCGCCCUCAUUGGUCUUCAAAUUUAUAUGGGUGUUCUGACUCAGAGAUGCACUCUUGACUUUGAAGAGGACGGGUCAGAAAAUGAAGAACGAGACUUGCAUUGGAAACUUUGGAAUCAAAAUAAAUCACAUUGGUGGAUUGUUCCUGGGACGGAUGAAACGCAGCUAGAACUGAAUGGUUACUAUCUAUGUGGAAAUGCUACUGGGGCAGGACAAUGCCCCGAAAACUAUACCUGCCUCCAAGGUUUCGGCCCUAACCCGAACUACAACUAUACCUCCUUUGACUCGUUUGGGUGGGCCUUUCUUUCCGCGUUUCGUCUGAUGACCCAAGACUUCUGGGAAUCUCUCUACCAACAAAUCCUUCAAGCGGCAGGUCCAUGGCACAUUUUGUUCUUCAUUGUCAUCAUCUUCCUCGGCUCGUACUACUUGGUGAAUCUUAUCCUCGCCAUCGUCGCCAUGUCGUAUGAUGAGCUCCAAAAGAAAGCUGAAGAGGACGAGCUCGCGGCUGCGGCAGAGUUUGAGGCAAUGAGGGCAGAAGAUGACGCCCGGGCGGCACGAGCGGCCGUGCGAGAGGAACGAGAUGCGGCGAGAGCGGAGGAUGCCGAACGAAGGAUGGAGGGCGAAGGAAGUGGGGGUGGUGGUUCCCCAUCGGGCACAGAAACCGUGGGUGGAUCCAGGGCUGGCGGGUUAAAUAAGACGUCCAUGUCAGUACCAGGGUCACCAUAUGUUGAGCGGAGUUUAAGAGGUGCGUCGUCCCGGAUGGUGUUGUCCACUUACUUGGAUGCUCAACAACAUUUGCCAUUUGCGGAUGAUUCAGCUGCUGCGACACCAAUGAGUGAGGAAAAUGGGGCAAUUAUUCUGACGCAUCAUUACUCGUUUCAUGGGAAUGGACAAAAUUUCUUCCAGCCAAGUUUUGGUGGAUUGUCUUCAUACAAUUCGCAUGCGUCCAGAGUCUCCUAUACUUCGCACGACCUUCUAACCAAGAGACAUCCAAACGCUGUGAUCACAAAGGAAUCUCAACUUUUACAAAGAAUGAAUGAGCAUAAGCAGUUUGCAGAUGGGGGGUCAUCGACAUGCCGAUCAAUGUUAGACCUCCAGUCUAAAAAGGAUAGGGCCAUGUCCGCCGCUCACACAGAGUAUCAGCAACCGAAUAACGUCCUUGAUAUGAAUGACGUCCUCGUACUAAAUGACAUCAUCGAACAAGCCGCUGGGCACCGUGCUCCGCAUUCCCGUCUAAGCGACGUCCCACCGUCCGAAAUGAUUCCUGAACGCAUCCCAUUCAAAGAAUUAUUGAAGCAGAAAAUUAUCGAGGGAUGUUUUCGUUGUAUUGACAUUUUUUGCGUCUGGGAUUGUGGAUUCCCGUGGUCCCUCUUUAAAAAGAUAAUCGCAUUUAUCGUUUUUGAUCCAUUCAUGGAGCUGUUUAUCACCCUUGCCAUCGUGGUGAACACGGUAUUCAUGGCAUUGGAUCACUACGGACUCGAAGAAAACUAUUUCAUGGACAAAAUGCUCAAAACUGGAAACACAAUUUUUACAACCAUCUUCACCGUUGAAUGUGCAAUGAAGUUGGUUGCAAUGAGUCCAAAGUUUUACUUCCAAUUUGGCUGGAACGUAUUUGAUUUCAUCAUCGUGGCUUUGAGUUUGAUUGAAAAGAUAUUCGAGGAUGCUAAUUUGCCAGGCAUUUCCGCCUUGAGGAGUUUCCGAUUGUUGCGAGUCUUCAAACUAGCAAAAUCCUGGCCCACACUGAAUCUACUCAUCAGUAUCAUGGGCAAAACCAUGGGAGCUCUGGGAAAUCUAGUCUUCGUAUUUAUCAUCAUUGUCUUCAUUUUUGCCGUGAUGGGGAUGCAGCUCUUUGCUAAAAACUACUUUGAUAAAGUUUCACUAUUUCCGGGAGGGGAAAUGCCUCGCUGGAAUUUUACAGAUUUUGGUCACUCUUUCAUGAUCAUAUUUCGCGUGCUUUGCGGAGAAUGGAUCGAGUCGAUGUGGGAUUGCAUGUUGGUAACGGGUCCGGCUUGCGUCCCUUUCUUUUUGGCCACCGUGGUCAUUGGAAAUCUUGUCGUUCUCAAUCUUUUCUUGGCUUUGUUACUCUCUUCGUUCGGUGCAUCAAAUUUAUCCGUGCCGACUGCAGAUGCUGAAACGAAUAAGCUGGCAGAAGCCUUCGCACGUAUUGGGCGAUUCAAUCGAUGGGUGAAAGGACUUAUUCGAUCCUUCUUCAUGGGGAUUAUAAAUUGUUUCAUCUGUGCCAAGAAUCGCGUCCUGCCACGUCCACCCCCACCACCCCCGGAACCAGAACCUGAGCCAGAAAUCCAAGUGAAGAGAAGACCUCGCCUUGCAGAAACGGCCAGAUUGGUCAUGAACUCGAAGAAAUUGAUGAAUGACUUGAAAAGAUUGCAUCCUGCUGGAGAAGACGGUACGGACGGGACGGGAAAAGAUAACGCGGACACAUUGUCCAUGGCAUCUUAUGGGUCGCACAAUUACAUCACGUCGAAACCGGGGGUGCAGAGGAGAGGGCCUAAGGGAGGCGGUGGCGGAGGUGGAGGUGGAGGGGAUGGAACUGACACGGGAGAAAAGUUGGACGGUGGUGAAGAUGAGGUUGAUUGGUGUGACGACGAUUUGGAAGACGCGGAGGAUGAAGAGGGCGAAGGCGAAGAUGGCGAAGAACAAGUUGCCCCUCACGUCGUAAAGGUCGAAGAACCGGAAGAAGAAUAUCCAGCAGACUGUAUGCCACCCAGAUUUUAUGAGAGGUUGCCAAUCUUUCAAUGUGAUGAUACACCCUUUGGUGUCGUAUGGAUUAAUUUGAGACUCAAGACGUUUCGACUUAUUGAGAAUAAGUAUUUCGAAACUGCGGUUAUUACCAUGAUUCUUCUGAGUUCGCUGGCACUUGCGCUUGAAGACGUGCAUCUUCCCUCAAACCCAAUCUUGACAGAUAUUCUAUUCUACAUGGAUCGAAUCUUCACCGUCAUAUUCUUUUUUGAGAUGUUAAUCAAAUGGUUGGCUCUUGGGUUUGUGUCGUACUUUACAAAUGCUUGGUGUUGGUUGGAUUUCGUUAUCGUAAUGGUCUCCCUAAUCAACUUUGUGGCCGCAUUGCUCGGGUUUGGCAGUGUACAGGCUUUCAAAACGAUGAGAACUCUCAGAGCCUUGAGACCUUUGCGAGCCAUGAGUCGGAUGCAGGGCAUGAGAAUCGUCGUAAACGCUCUCGUUCAAGCGAUCCCAUCUAUUUUCAACGUGCUCUUGGUGUGUCUGAUCUUCUGGCUGAUCUUCGCUAUCAUGGGUGUCCAACUCUUCAAUGGGAAAUAUCACUAUUGUGUCGACCCAGUUGACGGUGUUGAGCCGGAUUACCGCAUCAUUGAAAACAAGCUGGAAUGUUUAGCAAAUAAUUUUUCGUGGAUAAAUAGACCCCAAACUUUUGACCAUGUCGGGAAAGCGUACCUUUGUUUGUUUCAAGUCGCAACUUUUAAGGGAUGGAUGCCCAUAAUGUAUGCAGCCAUUGAUGCGAGAGAGAUUAAUCAGCAACCAGUGAAAGAGCACAAUUUUGCAAUGUACAUCUACUUUGUCGUGUUUAUCGUAUUUGGCUCAUUCUUCACUUUAAACCUCUUUAUUGGUGUGAUCAUUGAUAACUUUAAUGAGCAGAAGAAAAAGUCCGGAGGUAGUAUGGAGAUGUUUAUGACAGAAGAUCAGAAAAAGUACUAUGCAGCCAUGAAGAAAAUGGGGAGUAAGAAACCAGUGAAAGCCGUUCCUCGUCCAUCUUGGCGACCUCAGGCAAUUGUUUUCGAGAUUGUCACCCACCAGAAAUUUGAUAUGAUAAUCAUGUUGUUCAUCGGAAUUAACAUGGUCACAAUGACGAUGGAUCAUUAUCAGCAAACGCAAAUCUGGGAUGACGUACUCAACAUUUUUAAUGCAAUUUUUAUUGCAAUCUUCUCAGCAGAAUGUUUCUCAAAAAUAUUUGCGCUUCGCCACCAUUACUUUACAGAACCGUGGAACUUGUUUGAUUUCGUUGUGGUGCUAAUGUCAAUCGCCGGGAUGAUGUUGUCCGACCUUAUCGAAAAGUACUUUGUCUCGCCCACCUUGCUCAGAGUGGUUCGUGUCGCCAAAGUGGGGAGGGUCCUGCGUUUGGUAAAAGGGGCGAAAGGGAUCCGGACGCUGCUGUUCGCUUUAGCCAUGAGUUUGCCAGCCUUGUUCAACAUUUGUCUUCUGCUCUUCUUGGUCAUGUUCAUUUUCUCCAUUUUCGGGAUGUCCUUCUUCAAAGACGUGAAGUUGAGAGAGGGACUCACAGAAGUUUACAACUUUCAAACUUUUGGUCAAUCGAUCAUCCUACUUUUUCAAAUGAGUACGAGUGCCGGAUGGGCUGAAGUGUUGGCCGGGAUUAUAAAGGAGGACGAGUGCGAGUUACCCGAUACGGAUUUGGGCACUUCCGGAAAUUGUGGAAAUGCCACCGUUGGAAUUGCUUUCCUUCUGGCGUAUCUCGUCAUGACCUUUCUCAUUAUCAUCAACAUGUACAUUGCCGUGAUUUUGGAGAAUUAUUCACAAGCAACAGAGGAAGUUCAGGAGGGCUUGACUGAUGAUGAUUACGACAUGUACUAUGAAAUUUGGGCACAAUUUGAUCCCGACGGGUCGCAGUAUAUAAGAUAUGACCAGCUCUCCGACUUUCUCGAUGUUUUGGAGCCUCCAAUGCAGAUUCAUAAGCCGAAUAAAUAUAAAAUAAUUUCAAUGGACAUCCCCAUUUGUAAGGGUGACAUGAUGUAUUGUGUUGACAUUCUUGAUGCCCUCACUCGAGACUUCUUUGCCCGAAAGGGGAAUGCUAUUGAUGAAGCAGUGGAAGUAAACGAGGUUCAAGUUGCUGCCGAUAGACCCGGAUACGAACCAGUCUCAUCCACCCUGUGGCGACAGAGGGAAGAAUAUUGCGCCAGACUUAUACAAAAUGCGUGGCGACGCCAUAAAAAUGUUGGCGUGGGUGGUGCGCCGGACAGUGCGACGAAGACCUCUGAACAGACUGACGUCGUUGUGGAGGCAGGAGCCCCAGAGGAUGAACCAGAUGAGGUUCUCGUCAUCACGACGGGAUCAGGAUCACCCACAAGUCCGAAAGAACCAGUAAACGUUUAAGAGAAUAGUUUCUUCAUCUUGACUUAAUCUCGCUUUUUCAAGACAUUUCUAGAGAUUUAUUCAUUCCUGAGAAAAACAGAACUAAAAAGAGACACAUUCAAGUACUACUUGCUACUAUAUUUGUAGAGCAUGAUAUUAUUGAGCAAUACUGAAAUACUUACCCAUAUUAUUAUUAUUAUUGUUAUUAAUUAACCAUAGUUUAACAGAGACAAUCGCGCAUAAAUACUAUAAAUAUGUAUGAUUGUUGGGUUGAGUUUUGUAUCAUAUAUUUAAAUAACCUAAUAUACAAUUAAUAAUAAUUUGUUACUUAAAUAUUUAGCUACUUAAUACUGAGCUAUAGGUUGGUCGAUAAUAAUUCGCAGUUUUAAAUCAGACUUUCUUUUAUAUUCAAUCCUUCACACGUCUGCUCUAUUGGACUUGCCUAAGGAAGUAUCCUAACUAAUAUGCAUCUACCCGUUCUGAAUGAUAUUUAAUUACAAAUAUGUAACCGGUGUGUAUGUAAAUGUAUUUAAAAGUGCGCUGGAUGCAUAAUAAUAUACAAACAUAUGUACAUGUGUAGCAAUCUUAUGAGUAAUUAACGACAUAAACUGCAAUGCAACAACGACUUGUUUGAAAUACAUUAGACGAAAUCCACUACUUCAUAAUAAUAGUUUGUGCAAUCAAUCCAGUUAAUCAGCUUGUGCAACGAAAUUUUACAUGAUCUAAUAAUUAGCAUGAGUUUUACGACCGGCUGAAAUUGUACAAUUCAAUCAAAAUAAAUGAGCACUUUUGAAAUGAAAUUUCUUCAA